AUGGAAACACUAUUAGAUAGUGAAACUCUGAAAAAAUAUGAAGAAGAAACGAACGAAUAUAUUAACAAAAAAAAUAUUGAAAAACUAUUUGAUAUUAUUGCAAAAAAUGUUUUAAUUAAUAAACCGGAUAAUGUAUACUUAUAUAUAUAUAAUAAUAUAUAUUCAUUUCUUUUAAAUAAAAUAUUCAUAAUUGGACCACCUUCAUUAAAAAUUACAUCAACUAUAUCUUCGGCUAUUGCUACUUCGUUUGACUACUACCAUUUUAACGCAUCAGAUUUAGUUAACUCCUAUAUUUCCAAUAACGAAAAUGAUACACAAUCAAAUCAAAUAUUAAUAAACGAUAAUAUAAUAUGCUCUACUGUUAAAAAUCAUAUAACCAGUUUAGACGCAAAACAAAAAAGGGGUUAUGUUGUUGAAGAUUUUCCAAAGACAAAUUUACAAGCAAAUAGUUGCCUUCAAUAUUUGCCUUCUCAUGUUUUUAUAUUAAUUGCUGAUGAGGAAUAUAUAUAUGAAAAAUACGAAGAAGAAAAUAAUAUUAAAAUAAUAUUAGAUAGUAAUAAUCAAGUUUAUGAUGAACAAUCAAAUUUAUUUGAAAUAAAAGAAAUAGAUACACACCCUUUUAAAGAAAAAGUAAAAGAGUAUUUAAGAUCUAUUCCAGGAGUAUUAGAAGUUAUUGGAAAUAAUAAGAAAGUUAUAAAUUUAAGAGAUGUUGAUGAAAAAAAUGUCGUUGAUCAAAUAAUGAGUAUGGUGGCUAAAAAUAAUGAUGAGUGGGACUCAGUAUUCUCUGAUGAUAUUUCGGAUAAAGAUAAAGAAUGA